UUCAUGAGGAUAAUGAAAUAACUGUUCAAGCUGAAAAAUUUAUAAAAAUAAAUGAUGAUUUUAUAUUAGCAAGUCAUUAUUUGUCGUUUGAUAUCAUUGAAAAAUGUUCAACAACUGACUUUUCCGAAUCCUCACAAGAUGCAUUAAUUGAAUUUGAUCAAAAUGUGCAAAAGGAAUGUGAUAAGAAUUUAAAGAACAAACCCAAAGGCCCGAAACAAAUGGAAGGUCAAAUUAAUAAAGAGAAUGAGGAUCAACAAUCACAAAUGAAUAAGGAAUUACUUGAAAAAUUUCUUACCAGGAAU